GUUCACCGGCAGCGGAGCGACGCGCGUCUCGGGAGAACUCUGGAGGACUGACUGGGGGACGGAGUCUGGAUCGGGAUCUCGAGCCUCCUUCGGCCCGGCAUGGACGCGCUCCUGGACACCUGCGGACCGCGCAGCGUCACGUGGCUGCUGCUCCUGCAGCUGUGUGUGGUGAAGGCAGCAGCCGACUGUCCCAAACCUCAGGGGGGGGUCAACAUCGUCCUGACCAACAACGCGCUCCUCAUGAAUGCUUUUCCAGAGGGUGUGGAUGUGACUUUAGAGUGUGCUAACGGGUAUGUUGUCGAAAGUGGCACUGGGAGCAUGAGCUGCGUUGAUAACAAAUGGACCGAACCAGAUCUCACCUGCAAAAAGAAGGACUGCGGGCCCCCGAGAGCCCAGCCCCAUAUGAGCUUUAACAUCAGCGCCGGCACCCUGUUCGGGGCUUUGGUGAAAGUGGUCUGUGAUGAAGGAUUCCAGGUCGCCGGCUCCAGCUACAAGCAGUGCUACGCGUUCGGGUGGAGUGGAAGAGCCAAGUGUGGAUUCGUGACGUGUGAUAAACCCGCCGACGUGACCAAUGGCAGAAGCUCGUGGGAGUUUCAAGCCAAACCGACGUAUGGAGAGAUCAUCCGGUACGUGUGUAACCACGGAUACGCGCUGGUUGGGAAACACAGCGUCGUGUGCAGCGCGACGGGCGAAUACGACUCUCCACCUCCCACCUGCGAAGAUAAAUUCAAUAGCUUUCUUAUAAUAACAGAAACGGCAGCACCACGAAGAUCUACACCUCCAGCACAAGAAUCGUCCACAUCCACAGAGCCGUCUGCCUCACCCUCAGCUCCCAGAGCGGCGGGUGUCACAACCAGUGCGACACCCACCGUCUCGUCUUCAGUUCGAGGUAGCAGCGCCUUUUCGACUGCGGAGGGUAAAGCCGCGACAACCAGCGAGACGCCGAUGAUGUCAUCGUCUUCACUUCCAGGCAACCUUUUUGGGACUAUAGAUACCAGCAAGGAUAUUGGGUACACGCCUGUUAUCGUCAGUGUGAUAUGCGUCACCUUAGUCGUGUGUUUUGUUGCGCUCUUUUUACACAAGUUUCUUCUGAAGAGAAAAGGUUCAUAUGACACCAGAGAAGACCUGAAGCCGGAGUUAUUACAGUUCCAAAAUCAUUAGAUUUCCUGCCUGACUAUAAGCUCUGCAAAUGGAACGGCGCCUAUCUAUUAAAGAGAAUCUGUGGCCCUGGAGGGACGUCCCAAAUAAGCUGAAGCAGUGCCUCUCCGAGUCGAUGGGGGGGGGGGGGGGGGGGACUCACUUCAAUGUCAUGUAGCACUUCAAAUGGUGCAUGGACAAGUAUCAUAAUUGAAAUCAAACAUCCACUGACGAAAAAAAGCACUUUUUGUAAUGAUUUCUUCUUGCCACGUUCGUUUGAACAGUUGUAAAUACCUGAUGCCACGAUAUACUAUUAAUAUGUGUACACUAUUUAUUGAAUAAACUGGAGUAAACUCCUACGAAGUAUUUCAAAAGAA